CCUCCGCGGCUUCCGUAAAGUGAAGGUGUCGUGGCGCUUGUUGUGUGCGAAGACAAAAGUACAGCUGCUCUAAAUAGGAAGAUAAGCAAAUAUUUUACAUUACAUUCAAACUGGAGUGAUCGUAUAUCAUAUAAAGGUUUCCGGGUGAUAAUGAGGCGAGCAGGUUUGGGUGAGGGUGGCCCUCCAGGCAGUUACGCUGCAAGUGGACACAGCUUGUAUGAGGAGGAGAAUGAACAUCUACAGGAGGGACUGAAAGCUAAAGUACAUGCACUUAAACAUCUUUCCAUUGACAUUGGAAAUGAAGUCAAGUACCAGAAUAAAAUGUUAGGAGAAAUGGACUCGGACUUUGACUCAACUGGAGGUUUGUUGGGAGCCACCAUUGGUAGAUUGAAGCUCCUCUCCAGGGGAAGCCAAACCAAGGUGUACUGCUACAUGCUGCUGUUUGCCCUGUUUGUGUUUGUUGUCCUGUACUGGGUGAUCAAACUGAGGUGAUCGUAGGACUGAUGAGACUCUUCAGGACCUUUCAUUUGUGCCAUGCUUAUUUGGGGUAGAGGGUCAGAAUCCUCACAGAGGACUGAGGUUACUGAGGAGUACCAGAGUGCUUUCUUUCCAUUGGACAAGAAGUUGAAACAUUGAUUGACAAUGUGCAAUAUUAGACUAAAAUCUAUCCUAGCCCACCAUUAGUGUCCCCCGAGGGGAAGGGAUAAUGCUAGUUGCCUAAAACUCGUCACAAAAAAAUAUUUUGAAGAUUAACAACAUGCAUCUUUCCUUCUUUUUUACAGAAAUAAUGACCUUUGUUCAAAGGUAUUGUUCUUUUAAGAGAACUUCAGUGCUAUAAAUGUGUGCUAAUGUAUAUCUUCUCUAAGGAUACAGAGAAAUGCAUUUAAAAGAGUGGGACAAAAUAGCACAGUAGUCCUGUAAUCAUGUAGUAGGAAAUUCAGGUUAUGCCCACCUGGGUGGGGUUCAAACAAAACAGACCUAAUCAGCCUUUCUUUUCCUUUCUUUUACUGUGAAAGUCUCACAACAUUCUUGAAAGAGCUGCCACAAAUUUGUAUGCAUAUAGUGUUCAAAGAGCUGAUCUUCAGAUUGUAAAAAAACCAUACUGAUAUGAGAGUUUAUGCGCAAUGCAGAUGUAUAAUAAUUACCAUAUUAAACACAUAAUUCUGUGUACUUAAAA